AUGCUGAUGAAAGGUCCUGACCUGCUAACACCUCUGCUACAUGUGUUGUAUCCGUAUCGCGAACGAGAGGUAGCCAUCACAGCAGAUGUGAAAGAAAUGUUCCACCAACUUCUUGUGUGCGAGGAGGAUCGUAGUGCUUUACUAUACCUUUGGCGGAACUCUGCUGAUUUACCAUUGGACACGAUGGUAAUGGAUGUGGCGAUAUUUGGAGCUUCAUGUUCGCCCACGCAGGCACAAUUUGUUAAAAACAUGAACGCUAUGGAAUUCGAACACCAAUAUCCUAGAGCUACACUUGCGAUAAUACGGCGUCACUACGUAGACGACUAUUUAGAUAGUGUCGAUACCAUAGACGAAGCAGUAGAAUUGGCCGCCCAAGUCAUGGAGGUCCACGGUCAAGCCGGCUUUCAUAUUCGGAACUGGAUAUCCAACAAAGAGGAAUUUGUGAGAACAAUAGGAGAAGGUAAUCCCGCAGUAGUGAAGCACUUUACUCCAGGCCAGGAGAGUGACGGUGAACGAUUGCUAGGGAUGAUUUGGCAACCGACAGAGGACAACUUCUCAUUUGCGUUAAACUUCCGUGACGAUUUGAAAGACAUCUUGGCUGGUGACGUUGUUCCAACGAAACGGCAAAUACUCAGAAUAGUCAUGAGUAUUUAUGAUCCACUGGGACUCGUUUCGACGUUCGUAGUUCAUGGAAAGAUAAUGAUCCAAGAAAUGUGGAGAAUCAAGAUAGGCUGGGAUGAAAAGAUUCCAACAAAUCUCUUCACUCGUUGGCAGCAAUGGCUUAUUCGACUGAGAGGAAUGGACGAGAUUGAAGUACCGCGCUGUUAUUUUCCCGGCUAUCACCCAUCCAGCUACGACACGCUCCAGCUUCACAUAUUCGUCGACGCAAGUUCAGAAGCCUACGCUGCAGUUGCAUAUUUUAGAAUCGUCGAUCGUGGAACUGUUCGUUGCGCCUUGGUAUCUUCUAAAACAAAGGUGGUGCCACUCCAACCACUAUCAACGCCACGUGCCGAACUGCUUGCAGCGGUUCUAGGAGCUCGUUUACGGAAAACAAUCGUAGACGGACAUUCGUUGAAGAUACAUCAAACCCAUUUUUGGUGUGACUCAUCUACUGUACAUUCGUGGAUCACAUCGGAUCUUCGACGAUAUAGACAAUUUGUUGCGCUAAGGGUCAACGAAAUUCUCAACCUAUCCACACCCGAGGAAUGGAGGUGGAUUCCAACCCACUUAAACGUUGCCGAUGAGGCCACCAAAUGGGGCAAGGGGCCUUCGUUCACCGCUGACUGCCGCUGGUAUCGAGCUCCUCAGUUUCUGUACGAACCAGAAGAACUUUGGCCAGGAGAUCAGGAGACUCGCAUAACUGAAACGGAUGAAGAAGUUCGUCCGGCGUAUGUUGGGAAGCAUUCCCUCGGGCAACCACUCGUGCUUGUUGAGCGUUUCUCAAAAUGGGAGCGACUCCACAGAUGCGUUGCGUAUGUGUUACGGUUCGUCAAUCGAGUUCAUCCGGAAUGGAAGACGCUGGGAUCAACGGUGAAUCUCACGAAGGAAGAUUUACUGGAAGCGGAACGAGUGCUUUGGCGGUUGGUGCAACAUGAAGCGUAUCCCGAUGAGGUCAACAUUUUGAAAUCAAAAAGAGAGGGCCAACGAAAUCAACAAAAGAAUGUAGAGAAGAACAGUUUGUUGUACAAACUAUCACCAAUAAUGGACGAGCAUGGAAUAAUUCGCAUGAACAGUCGCCUUUCUGCAGCCGAGUUCUUGCCCUUCGAUACUCGAUUUCCAAUUAUCCUUCCGAAGGACAGCUAUAUCACCCGCCUCGUUGUUGAUUGGUAUCACCGCGACUACAAACACGCAAAUGACGAAACAGUCAUUAACGAGAUAAAACAAAAAUUCCACAUCUCGAAGUUGAGAGGGCGGUUGAGCUUCGUGAAGAAAAACUGCAGCUGGUGCCGCGUAUAUAAGGCAGUACCAACAGUACCGCAGAUGGCAUCACUUCCGCCGGAAAGGCUUACUCCGUUCGUCCGCCCCUUUUCCUAUGUAGGAAUAGACUAUUUUGGGCCGUAUCUGGUGAAAAUAGGAAGAGCUUCAGUGAAACGCUGGGUGGCUCUUUUCACGUGUUUAACGAUUAGAGCCAUUCACUUGGAAAUCGCUGCCACGUUGUCUACGGAUUCCUGUAAAAAGGCUAUUCGCCGAUUCAUUGCCCGGAGAGGUGCACCAUUAGAAGUUUUCACAGACAACGGGACAAACUUCGUUGGAGCUGGUAGAGAGCUGGCAGAAGAGAUAAGGAAUUUGAACAAUGAGUUGAAUAGUACCUUCACGAAUAGCCAUACACAAUGGAGGUUCAACCCUCCUGCAGCUCCCCACAUGGGAGGCUGCUGGGAGAGAAUGGUGCGCUCGGUGAAGGUAGCACUCGGCAGCGUACCUACAUUGCGGAAACUUGACGAGGAAUCCUUCUGGACCAUGUUAGCUGAGGCCGAAUCUAUGAUAAACUCUCGCCCACUCACAUUUGUACCGCUUACAACUGAUUCGGAAGAAUGCUUGACCCCGAAUCACUUCCUUAUGAUGAGCUCAAAGGGAGUUAAGCAACCUGUCAAAGAUCCAAUUUGCGAGAAAGCUGCUUUGAAAGACAGCUGGUCUACGUUACAGAUGGUUCUGGAUCACUUCUGGAAACGUUGGUUGUUGGAGUAUCUACCGACCAUCACACGACGGUCAAAAUGGUUCCAAGAUGUACGACCGAUUAAGGCAGGUGAACUAGUGAUAAUUGCAGAUGAGAAGCUUCGAAACCACUGGACAAGGGGGCGUGUCGUCCGUGUGUAUACAGGGCAAGAUGGAGUGGCAAGGAAAGCGGAUGUGCAAACAAGUGGAGGAGUCCUGCAACGUGCUGUGGCGAAACUAGCUGUGCUAGAUCUUGAAAAGGCUGAUGACGCAGAAGCGGAACUUCAGUCGUCAUGCGGGGGAGGAUGUUCCGAAAAGAUGCAGCCUAGUGUACCCCUCAAUUCAGCAACAUGCUCCAACGUCACAAUUGUCUGA